AAUAAAUACACUGUUUGACUCAGAUUGGAGUGCAUUGAACCACGGAAUGUAGGAUGGUUUUUGCAGAGUCCACUGACCUGUUUACCCACUACACUGCCCUACGUUACUUCUCUAGCUUUCAAUUCAUUCAGAUUCGCAAUCUACCUCAUACUCGGAGAGUGCACACCAACAGGAUGAGUUAUUUGCCCGAAAGUGCAUUGCCUGCUAACUAUCCGAAUCGAAAGCGACGAAUACUGGACACCUUUUCUCCAAUUUCGUCUGCUCAUUACACUGGACACAUGACCAACGCAUCAUCAGGCGACAAUGACGACAAUGACGACAUUGAAGUGGUUUGCGUCAUUUCACGCAAUCUGGGAGCUUCCAAACCCAUUCCUAUUUCACCUCGUCACCACUCUCUGCCCGCAGUGCCUUCCAUGCAUUCUGGAUUUCCAAUACAGGGGAACCGAGAAUGGAAAGAACCUCAAAGUCACCCUAUUCAGCUGUCAUUGCGCUCAGAAUGGGAACCCUCACCGGUGGUAAUGAGCCCGCCCCCGCCCCCUCCGCUGCCUCCUCCUCCCCUUCUUCGUUCCCCUCUUCUUCAUGCUUCUCCCGCUGGACAGGUUCUGCCUCCACUUCCUUCCCUUCAAUGUAAACCAAUGCCAAGGACUUCUGAUUCGCCUCUCUCUCUAGAUCCGGUUGCGCCCCGGCAAUUUCAAAAGGCUUGCAAAGUGGUCCAAAAGCUGUCCGAUAACACGUGGAUCGAGAUUGACUUACCCUUGACGGCGUUCCAGGAUGGGAAGGGCUUGGAGCGUGUGUCCAACACGAUACAAAGUCUGGCCACAUCGUGCAACCUGCUCACUUCGGGCUCCCCCAAGACCAACUGCCAUUGCCACGAAUCAGUACCAGGUUUAGGGCGAUCUCCCAAAUCCAGUAUCCCAGUUCAAAAUCUCCAUGCGUCGAUCGACACUCCCACGUCAUCAAAAAGCCCAAUUGAGGAAUCCUCUUACAACGAUCUUGACUUACCCAGCAUCAAUGGACCCACUUGCUCUAUUUGCAAUGCUCCCGCUGAAAGCUUCCAUUUGAAUUAUGGAGCCAGUUCAUGUUACAGUUGCCGAGCUUUCUUCCGAAGAUCUGUACAAAAAAAUAUCCAUCAGAGGUUCACGUGCCACUACGGUCGCCGAUGUGUAUUGAACCCUCACAACCGUAGUGAUUGCCGUCGAUGCCGAUUCGAAAAAUGUGUUCAAGAGGGCAUGAAAAUAGCCUCUGUGUUGAGCCAUAAUCAAAAAAUGGUUAGAUUCCGCAAACAUAUUGGUCGGAAACAGCUGGAGAAGAUUAAUGAAACAAUGGAGAUGAAAAAAGCACUCCGUGCAUUCAGAAAAACUCAAAAUCAAUCUGCUGUACGUUUCAUCUAGUUGUUUAUUUGACUUCAUUGAUAUUUAAGCAUAAAAUAACUCUAUCAUACGAUCUUUUCUCGA